GCAAGCUUUCGUUCAUAUUCCAACAGACUUUCUGAAUUGAGCGUACUUCUCGUGUAGUCUAGUUCAUCAUUUGCCUAUAGUGUUUUGACCUUACAUGAGUUACAUUCAUACCCCAGUCUUAGAGGCUACGCAAAAUUGACAUAAUGCUGUUUUUAAAUGGUGCUUUCGUUUUGAUUCUGGCAAAUUUGGAAACCCGAAAUUUUGGAGUCGCAGCCGUACCGAGACCCGCCCUCAUGCUGUCAAAAGACGCGUGCGCCCAACGAUGCCUCUCCAGCCACGGCUAUUUCGGCCUCGCUGAGACGAGGCAGCCCCUGCCCGUUUCCCUCGGAAGGGUCCGCUUCAAAACGUGCCUCUGCCACGUCACCAGGGAGUUCAAGAAGUUCGUCGCCCAGGCCGUUGGUCCCUGGACCGCCCGGAUGUACCCGUAUUUCCAGAAGAUCGGCCUCGGGAGAUGGGCCCGCAACCGAAUGCUCCGGAAGAACUCCGAGAUCAAUUUCUACACGUGGGACCAAGUGCAUGGAGGGAAAGAAGGAGAACAAGAAGAAGAACAAGAAGAAGAACAAGAAGAAGAACAAGAAGAGGAAAGUGGGGAAACCCAUGCGGAGACAGAACGAAAGCAGCACAACACUCGGAGUCAUAAUGGUCCGCCGCGGGCACCGCCGACAUCUCCCGCGGCUGGCGCAGGCGCCUAUAGGCAAAACGUGGACGUUAAAGCGCUGCAAAGCACGGGUGCAGAACCUCUCACACUCGAGGCGCACCUAGCGCGGGAGCGGACAAGUUUCGAUCAGCGACAAGCUGCAAAAGGUUUACCGCCACCUCCGAGAUCAACGUCCAGUAGAGGGAGUGCCACGAGCUUGAGCUUGGCUGAUGGAUCUCAGAUCUCUGUGGGAUCUGGUUCGAGGGCCUCGAAAUCGCAACACGCAAAAUCGCAAUACGCAAAAUCGCCAUACCCAAAAUCGCAAUACGCAGGAUCGCAAUACUCAAAAUCGAGGAGCCGAAAGGAAUGAAGAGAAGGGAAGCGGCGCCCUGUGAGGGAUCUCCCGAUAACGUCACCUCCAAAGAUUUACACGAAGAAUUGAGCGCCUGGAGUCAUUUUAUAUCGGAGACCUCGAUUUCCAAGGAGGCAACAGUCCUUUCCAGAUGCUCAAACUGGAACGCGUCAGUUUGCGGGUGUUGACUAUUGAAAAUGAUGAAGAAUGAACAAAAAGACCCGAAUGUAAUUUUGCCUUCCACAUGUUUAUUUUGGCUCGCACCUCGCUAUCGCGCCUUCAAUUUUGCGGAUGCAACACGGAUAUCCAUCAAGCACGAAUAGUUGUAUUUCUGCGCCGUCAUCAACGCGUGCCCUGUCCUUUGCUCUGCGUUAGUUUUCGGCGAGAGUUGACUCGUAGUUGUUGAUCAAGUCAUCAUCUAGCAGACCUUCGAGGUUCAAAAGCCAACACCUGCAUCGAUACUUCAAGACUGACGCUGCGGUUUGAGCUUCUAGAAAGGACUGAUGUAAUCGGUUGAGGCAAAAUUUCAGUGCGGAGGUCAUCGCUGUUUUUCUCCCUGUUAUAAUUGAUGAGCAAACGGAGGAAACAAUCUGCCUAAUGAUGAACGAUGAUUGUCGGGAUGAACACUUUGCUAAGCGAGUUUUUGUAAAGCCCUGGAUAGGCGAUCAAAUUCUCGAACCAAUUCCGAUCAAAGUAGCAUCUAAGUGUCGGGAGUCAUCAGUCUUAAACUCAUUAAUUUGCUUAAUUUUAAAAUGAAAUCUUGGCAGGGAUGCUUCCUGUGGCAGGAAAUGAUGAA